AUGGGCAAACACUCCAACUUCCUGAGCAAGACGCUCAAGACCAUCCCCUAUCCCAGAAAGGGAUCGGAUCGGCGCCUCAAAGACGCCGAGAUCAAGCUCUCGCAGCUCGAAGAAGAGCUCGCGCUGCACAGGCGGCGAGAGGAGCUCACCGGCAAGCAGCUCGCAGAUGCGCGGGCAGAGAGCACGCUCUGGCAGAAAAAGUACGAGCAACUCCACGCCAUGGUCGGACGGCACGUCUGCGAGCAACAGCAACCCAAUCCCCACCCGAAGGGACCUCAACCACCACCGGGCCCGCCCCAGCGCCGCAGCACCACCAAAACCGUCUCAAGCCCGGCAGUACAGCUGCUGCCACCAACACCGGAGGAGGACCACCUGCAAGCCGAAGCAAUCGAAAAACCCGUCGCCGUCGCCAGAACCGUCUCCAUCCCAACAUCGAGCCCCUCCUCCUCCCUAGCCCUCGCCAUCCCCUCGCACCAAGGAAGCAACAGCAGCAACAACAACAACAACCACGAGGACUCCACCUCCACCAUCUCCCGUACCUCCACCUCCACCACCCUCACCCCGCCCUCCCCGUGCUCCACCCUCCACCACCAACCCCCACCAUCCACUACCACCACCAAGUCCAACCCCAACUCCCCCUCCCUCACCCUCACCCACCCCACCAACCAAACCCAAACCCAAACUCAACUCCUCCCCCUAGUCCCAUCAUCCCCCUCCCCUUCCCCCCACCUCGCGGCCGCCAUCACCACCCCCACGAUCUUCUUCGCCGCCCUCUCCGCCCUAGCCGCCCAUUCCUUCCUGCAUCGCGACGACCGUGUCGUCGACCGGCCGUCCGUCUACAGCCCGACGGCCUAUGGCCUGGACGCGGACGCGGACGCGACGCACGCGCCGGCCGGCAGCGACGUGGUCGUGCGGCUGCUCGGCCUGGGGCUCAUUGUGGUUGCGGUGCUGGGGGAGGUGGUGGUGGUGGGGUGGGGUCGGGGUGGUGGAGCAAGGAAGGUGGUGGUGAGGGGGUUGGUGUGCGAGGGUGGUGGGGACGAUGGCGGGGAGGAUGAGGAGGGGGGGGAUGAGGAUGAGGAUGUGGAUGUGGAAGGAGAGGAGGACGAGGAUGAGGGGAAUGUUGAGGAAGAGGAUGAUGAGGAUGAGGAUGAGGAGGAGGAGGAGGAGGAGGAGGAGGAGGAGGAGGAGGGAAAGGAGGUGGCUGUCUACGUCAACAAACAGGCGGCAUUGUCGUCAUCGUCGUCGUCGUCUUCCGUACAGCGGCGCUGGGCCUUCCUGAUGGUCGUGUGCGACGAGACGUGGUGUGCGCUGCUCAUGGCCAUCUUGGCGUCCGCGCUUCUGUUGUUCGAGGUGCUGGAUUUCGCCUUCUUGUAG